AUUUCUCAAGAUCCCCUCAUCUUCAGCCACCAGCUUUGCACACUGUGAAAUGCAACCUUUCUUGUCAUGACUAUUGUAACCCCAGUUGCUGCUUUCCUCCUCAUAGCCGUCGGCCUAUUGCAUGCUGUGAUCAGGUUCUGGCAAAACAGACAUGCUCUACCUCUGCCCCCAGGGCCCAGGGGAAUCCCUAUACUGGGAAACGUCCACGACAUGCCCAAGCCAGGCAUGCUCGAGUGUCAUCACUGGUUGCAGCACAAGGAGCUAUAUGGCCCCAUUUCCUCGGUGACAGCCAUGGGCCAGACCAUUAUCAUCAUCAACGACCCUACCAUUGCUCUCGACCUCUUGCGCGACCGCUCUGCAAUCUACUCGUCACGCCCUAGUCUCGUCUUUGCCGGUGACAUGGUGGGUUGGCGCCAUGCCACUGUCAUGAUACCCUACAACGAUGUGUGGAAGAUACACCGGAAGAAUAUCACAAAGAUUACGAGUACAAGUACAUCGCUUUCUGUGUUUGACCGCGUCCAAGAGGCCGAAGCCGCGCGGUUUCUGGUCAAUAUGUUGGAGUCGCCAGAUCGGCUGUUUGAGCAUGUUCGUAAGGAGGCUGGGAGUGUGAUUUUGAAAAUCACAUAUGGAUACAAUAUUGUUCCACAUGGAAAGGAUCCACUGGUUGAUGUGGCGGAAAAAACCAUGGAGCAGUUUGCCGAAGCUACUGUCCCUGGGCGGUGGGCUGUUGACAUUUUUCCAUUCAUGAAAUACAUACCCGACUGGAUGCCCGGUGCAGGCUUCAAACGCACAGCAAAGGAAAUGGCAAAACAGCUCGAUCAAUGCACAACCCGGCCCUACCAAUUUGUCAAGCAGCAAAUGAGGGAAAAGAGACAUACGCCGUCCUUUCUCUCCCAAAGCAUAGAAAGUGCAGAUAGCACCCCAGAUAUGGAAUUCUACCACAAAUGGGCAGCCCUGGCCCUCUACCUUGGCGGCGCAGACACCACCGUCUCAGCAAUAACAACCUUCUUCCUUGCAAUCCACCUCUUCCCCACGGUCCAAUCAAAAGCCCAACAAGAAAUCGACUCUUUAACUCACGGUCUUCGUCUCCCCACCCUAGCCGACCUCCCCAACCUCCCAUACAUCUCCGCCAUAGUCCAAGAAACACACCGCUGGCACCUCGUCGCUCCCAUGGGGAUCCCACAUACGAGCACGAAAGAAGAUGAAUACCGGGGUUACCGCAUACCCAGGGGCUCAGUCAUACUAGCGAACAACUGGGGCUUCAUGCAUGAUCCGGCCGUGUAUCGCGAUCCCAUGGCAUUUCGACCUGAGCGCUUUUUAGCUUCAGAGGGGAGAGAAGCGGAACCAGACCCGCGGACGCACGUGUUUGGAUAUGGGCGGAGGAUCUGUCCGGGGAGACAAGUAGCAGAUCACGCGCUAUUCGUCACAAUUGCACAGACACUUGCUGUUUUCAACAUUGCUCCCAGCGUAGACGCACAGGGACGUGUGAAGCGGAGCGAAGUCAAGUUCGAGCCUGGCACAAUAAGUCGGCCCGUGCCGUUUGAAUGCUGCAUCACGCCUCGAUCGAAGACACAUAUCGAGUUGAUUCAGGAUGCGGAGAAAAGGUUUGCGUAUGAAGAAAGCGAUGCGAGGGAACUCGAACAAGUGAAGUGGUAGUUAUACGUCUCACAUACACCCUACAUUACAUAGAUACAUAGACACAUCACACAACAACCACCCUCUCCCUC